UGGUUGGCUACCCAGGUCUCGGUGUCAUUCGAGGAUGUGACUGUAAACUUCAGCAGGGAGGAGUGGCAGCACUUGAAACCUGCUCGGAGACGCCUGUACCGGGAUGUGACACUGGAGAACUACAGCCACCUGCUCUCCGUCGAUGUGUUGAUUCACCAAAAAGACAUCAGAAAGGUUUUAGGGAAUCUACGUACAUCAAUCAUCAUUGACAACUGCACAAGAUGCUGUCUAAUGCCAGUCAGUUAUGAGCACCAGCCUUCUGGAGUUCCUGCAUUUCUUGAGCCUGCCCCUCCCCACCUGGCUAUUUGGUUGGCUCGCGCCCUCGUGGUACGUCACACACCCGCGCCACCCGGAAGCCGUGAUUCAUCCCAACCGUUCUUAUUGCCGGCGGCUCUAAGGAGCCCAUCAUGGCGACGCCCCCUAAACGGCGGGCGCUGGAGGCCACCGGGGAGAAAGUGCUGCGCUAUGAGGCCUUCCUCUCUGACGUGCUGCAGAGGGAUCUGAGAAAGGUACUGGAUCAUCGUGACAAAGUAUAUGAGCAGCUGUCCAAAUACCUCCAAUUGAGAAAUGUCAUUGAGCGACUCCAGGAAGCUAAGCACUCGGAGUUAUAUAUGCAGGUGGAUUUGGGCUGUAACUUCUUUGUUGAUACAGUGGUCUCAGACACUUCACGGAUCUACAUGGCCCUUGGAUAUGGUUUUUUCCUGGAGUUGACACUGGCAGAAGCUCUCAAGUUCAUUGAUCGUAAGAGCAAUCUCCUCACAGAGCUCAGCGACAGCCUCACGAAGGACUCCAUGAAUAUCAAGGCCCAUAUCCAUAUGAUGCUAGAGGGGCUUAGAGAACUACAGGGCCUGCAGAAUUUCCCAGAGGACCCUCACCACUGACUUCUUCCCCCCUCUCCAGACAUUAAAGAGCCUGAAUGCCUUUGA